GACACCAACCGGAAGUAAACAAGCCGCUAGCAGCAUCGUUAGCUUUCCUCGUGUGAGGACGGAGCAGGAAGACGGUCGUGUUGUCGUCUCUCAGCUGAAUAUUUCAGUGUUUCAGCAACAAUGUCUUCAGUUCAGCAUCUGAGAGAGUUUAUCAGCGAGCGACUAACUGCUGCUGCUGAAGAAAUAUUCACAGAGUUUGAAAAAACCAUCGUCCAGUACGAAGAAGAGAUCGAUCGUCAGCGCAGACUGCUGGAUAUCACCUGGAAUCCACAGAUAAAGUUAAUCAGAACAGAGGUUCCACAUCAAUAUGUCUACAAGGUGGAUGAAGCUCUUCAAGAAGACCAGCAGCUGUGCAACCAGAACUCAAACCUGGACCAGGAGCAACCAGAGUCUGCUCGUAUUAAAGAGGAAGAGGAGGAACUCCUCAGCAGUCAGGAGGAAGAGCAGCUUUGGCUGAAGGAUGAAACUGAUCAAUUUUCAAUACCGGCUGCUCAUGAGGAAGAUGGUCACAGUGAUCCAGAACCAAACAGGGACCAUAUUCCCUCUUACAGUCCUCCUGCAGACCAACAUUCACCUUUAGAGGAAAGCAUGGUUGAAGACUCAGGACCAACAACGUGUGCAGAUACACAGCCAGAAAAGAGCUGUCUAACGGAGACAAAUGAGAACGUAGGAGAGUCCUUUCUGUUAGAAAGUCAUUGUAAUGAAAGAGAUGAGAAACAACAUUCCUGCAAGUUCUGUGGGAAACAAUUUCAAAUGAAAAGUAGGCUGAAUGUACAUCUAAGAAAUCACACAGAUGAAAGGCCCUUUUUUUGUCAAAUAUGUGGAAGAUGUUUCAGUCAAAAUUGUUUUCUGUUAAGUCACAUGAGGAUUCACUCAGGACAGAAGCCAUAUUCUUGUCAAACAUGUGGAAAACGCUUCACUCAAAGUAAGAAUUUGGUGAGCCACAUGAAAAUUCACACAGGACAGAAGCCGUAUUCUUGUCCAACAUGUGGAAAAUGUUUCAUUCGCCAGGAUACUUUGGUGCGUCACAUGAGAAUUCACACAGGUGAGAGGUCGUAUUCUUGUCCAACAUGUGGAAAACGUUUCAGUCAAAUUGAUCAUUUAAAGUACCACAUGAACUCUGACAGAGGAUGUCAAAAGCCACCUUCUAUAAAGAUAUGUGGGAAAUGAUUCAGUCUAAAUCACGUGUCAAACUCAAGGCCCGCCGGAAAACAAAAACACAUACAAACUUAGUCUCCACCAUCUUGAUGUUUCCCACAGUUACAUCAGCGUGUACGUCAGCUUGGAUUCAGGAAAUGUAUAAUUGCCAAUUAACGUACUAAAAUAUAUCGUAUGGCUGCUCGUAUGGCUCACUUCCUUUGUCUCUACAUUGAAGUAAGUGAUAAUGAGGAGUUUUGGUUGUCUUUUUUUGCGCCCUUUGUUUUUUGUAAAGCCGUCAAAAGGCUCAUUUCACAUUUUGGAAAUGUCCUUGUUCAUAGCCAGAACACAAUGUAAAGGGCGGCAGGAAAUUCCAGCUGCUUUGAAUGUAUGUGACUGGUAAAACCUGUUUAAUCUGUAAAAUAUUCUGCAUUGAACAAAUAAA